CAGCCGUGCAAAAGAUGUGACGAUGCCGGCAAAGCUCCCAGCAAGCUUCUUCUCCUCGAAAUCACCGGUCAUCGAUUUUUUCCUGGGGCAGCUGGACCACGCGGAGCUCGUCCGCCAAGACUCGGAAGUCACCCUCUUCUUCUUCUAUGCCCCCUGGUGCGGGCAGUCCAUUGCCGCCCGGGAAGACAUUGAGAAAGUGGCCAGCAGCUUGGCGGAUCAGGUGUUGUUUGUGGCCAUCAAUUGUUGGUGGAACCAGGGGAAAUGCCGGAAGCAGAAACACUUCUUUUACUUCCCAGUGAUCUACUUGUACCAUCGGAGCUUUGGGCCCAUUGAAUACAAAGGGCCGCUGAAUGCUGUUUACAUUGAGAAGUUUGUCCGCCGGGUGAUGACGCCGCUCCUGUACAUCUCUUCUCAGACCAAGCUGCAGCAGUUUCUCUCCGGUUAUGAGCCUGGAGUCUUGGGAUAUUUUGAGUUCAACGCAUCACCUCAACCCCCAGGUUACCUGACGUUCUUCACUUCAGCCUUGCAUUCCUUAGGCAAAGAUUACCUUGGGACAAUCCACUUUGGCGUGAUCACCGAUAAGCUGAUUGCGAAAGAGAUCCCGUUGACCAACUCAGGAAGUGUCUACUUACACAGACACGUCAACACCUCUCUGCUCUAUCCAUGUGAAGCCAUGAAUUACACUGCUGAAAAUAUUUACCGGUGGGCCUUGGAGAACCAAGAGACGUUUGUCCGCUGGCUGAGGCCUCACGGAGGGAAAAGUCUCUUGCUGAACAACGAACUGAAGAAGGGCCCCGCCCUCUUCCUCUUCCUCCCUUUUAACCCCUUAGCAGAAAAUCAGCCGCUGGUUGAUGAGAUUUCCAGCCUGGCCUUGGCCUACAAGAGCUGCAACGGAAGUGGCCAGGAGAGGCCGGGCCCUGACCGCUCCCAAGGAAGAGGAGGAGGAGAGACCCUCCCCAUCGCCCAGUCCCGGUGCUGCAACACGGUGCUGCUCCCCCCGCAGCUGGCCGCCCUCUCCCACUCCCACAACGUCUGCGAGCUGUGCGUCAACCAGAGCGCGGGGGUCCAGCCCAGCCGGCUGGGGGUCCUGCACUGCAGCUCCUUGGAGAUCGAGGCGGCCCUGGACUCUUUCUACCUCAAGGAGCGGACCUUCUCCCAGGUCGUCUCGAAGACGGCCGCCCUCUGCAGCAACUUCCUCGGCUCUUACAGCCCGUUCAGCUACUACACGGCUUGCUGCCAGACGGUCCACCGGGGCCUGCUGAGUCUCCACAGCUCCCCGCAGAGCUCUCCUCUGCUCCCCUCGGGCGUGGCCAUUUCUUCCCGUGGGGAGAGGUGGGGGGAGGAGCCCCCCCGCUCUGCGCCUCACAUUGAGGACGGGAGCGGCCUUCCCUUGGACGGGGCCGUCCCACUGGGCUCUGCUGUCACGGGCUUGAGUUGCCGGAGCAACAAGACUUUGAACCUCUACCUGCUGGACUCCAACCUCUUCUGGAUGUACGCGGAGAGGCUCGGGGCACCGAGGGCAGCCUCCCCCAAGGCGUUUGCGGCCAUCGUGGACCUGAAGGAAGAGGUGCACUACGUCCUGGAUCAGGCCCAGGCCCUGAUCCAGCCUCAUCUAGAAACCUUCAUACAGAACUACAGUGUUCUUUACAGCCCCUUGAAAAGGCACCUGGUGGGCAACCCGCAGUCCAUCCACUUCGCUGCUCAGCGCAGAAUCAGAGAAGUCACCACGGACACUUUCCGGGAGGUCGUGCUGAAGAGCGACAAGGACACCUUGCUGCUGUAUUAUGCUCCCUGGUGCGGUUUCUGCAUGGUCCUCAACCACGUCUUCAUCCAGCUGGCUCGGAUCCUGCCCGAGAACUUCAUUGUGGCCAGGGUCGACGUGUCUCAGAACGACCUUCCCUGGGAAUUCAUGACCCACCGCCUCCCAAACGUUGUGUUUUUCCCUCGCCAGAGGAAGGACCAAAGUGUGAAAUUCCCCGAGGAGUUCCCCAUCACACUUCCCAACCUCCUCAAAUUCCUCCUUCGCCACUCAAGCCCCCCGUCCUCCUCCGGGCCCGGCUCCCAGCCCUGCCUGAAGGAGUGCCGCGUCUCCCUCUUGGAAAGGGAGCUCCAGCAGCUGAGGGCAGAAAUCCAGGCCCUGCGGGAGGCUCAGGCCUUGCUGCGAGCCCAGCUCUGGGAGGUGCGGAAGGAGGAGCAGCGGCUCCAGCAGGAGCGCCGGGCCUGGCGGAAGCAGGAGGAGGCCCUGCAGAGCCAGCGGGAACACCUGCAGGGGCUCUGCGACCAGAAGGCCCGGGAGCUGGAGGGCCUGGCCCACAAGCUGCAAGACCUGGCCGAGGCCUCCAAGACUCUGCUGGCCGAGAACACCCUGCUGAAAUUCCUGCUGGCCUCCUUGGAGGGUGGGCGGCGGGCCCAGGCAGAGCCGGACUCCCAUCUCGCCCAGGAAGAGGGCAGUCUGGCUGCGGAGGAGGAGGAAGAGGAGGAGGAAAGCACCCCUUUGGAGGCCACAGUUGCUUUGGAGCACAGCAAAGACAACUGGACAGAGCAACCCACCUAAACAGAGGGGGGGGGGGAGGGGGCGACAGGGACACACCAUUAAAAACAAAAUCACGUGACUCUUUAUGCAAAUUUUAUUGAAAUUCAAUCAUAAAGACUUGGACUUUCUGACGGACUACAAAAGGUGUGCGGGGAAGGGGGAAGCCAGAUGACCUAUUUUUUAUAACAAGUAAAUGAUCCAGAUCCAGCAUUUAGGCCCGCGAGGUUUGGCCACGAAGCUGCCCUUUGCACUUUCUUAUUGCACUAAUUUGAGACAAGGAAAAGUAUUUUGUACUGGUGUCAUCUCGAUGAAAACAUUAACCAGGUGGGGAAGGCUGACCAUGUGAUAUUCUGCCCCACCCCCCCUCGAAUCCCAUUCAGGACUAGUUUUUUUGAGCAGCAUCAGUUUCAAAAAAAAAAAGAGGAAGUCUUAAUUUAUGCUUUCUUGGAAAAGCCUCAAUGGGUGGUCACUUUUUGAUGCUUUUUGUUUACAUCACAGGGGGGCUGCUUCAAGUCUCUGUCUUUGCAAAAACCGAAUGGGGGGAGAAAAAUUAAAAGGGGGGGCUCCCUCCUUCCCUCUUGUGACUCUCUUUCCUAA